CAUCGAGGCUCGGCGACUAUAAAAGCGCGCGACCCGCGAGUGGGCGGACUGACUGAGCGAGCGACGGAGCGUUGUUUUUGUGAGAAAAAGUAACAAUGGUGCAACUUUCUAAAACCGGAGUGAGAGACACGCUGAAAGCUGGUCAUCCUCCCGCAGUGAAAGCUGGAGGAAAAAGAGUGGUGAAGAAGAGUGCUGAUGAUAACGCCAAUGUGGAGAAAGAGGGCAAGAAAGUGGAUAAAUCCAGGUCCCUGCCAACCCCUUCCAGAAUGCAGCACCUGAGUCUUCUCCUGACUGGUCCACUUGAGAAGUUGGGUCAUGAUUUCCCGGAGACUCCAGUUUCUGUGCGGCACAGCCGAGUCAUGCCGAGCGUGGAGAAACCUCAUGUCCCGCGCAUCUCCAUCUGCAUUCAACAGCCACGCAGGUUUUGAGCCAGAAUGGCUUUUGCUGCUGAGCUUCUGACAACAUGAGGUGCAAAAGACAACCAGGAUGUGAUUUUGUGGGUGAAUCAUGGAUGUGAUUUGUUGGUAGACUUGUAACAGUUACUGUAAUGUGGUUUUUCUUCCUGCAUAGAUUGUGUGCUAGUGCUGUGUGGAACAGUAACCCAGUGUGAAUUAAAGCUGUCCUGUUGGAGAGAUUCAGACUGCUGCUUGUCUGACAUGAAUAAAUGUUAAUAUGCUUGGCACUUAAUUGUAGCAUGAAUAUGCAUGAAGUUUCUUUUUGAUAAUUAAUGAAACUAUUUUUCCUACUUUCACAAAAUGAUCCUUUCAUACUAGUAAAAUUCACUUUUCCAGCAAAUGAAA